CUGAUUGUCCAUCAAAUCGAUGGCCAGCGGCGAAGAAGUCGUAACAAAAGUAAGGCGAAGGGCAGGUCUAAGAGCGAUCUCUGUCACCAGAAAGAGGCCGAAAAAUGUAUGAAUAAAAUGGUAGAGUUGGGCAAAGGGAAGGACCCGACGGCUAUCAUCGCAUCGGAGGCCGGACUCAACCGUAUUUGCAAAACUAUAAAAGACGAUACAUUGAAAUGUCUGAAGGGAUACUUCAAGAAGUGUGGGACACCUCUUCAUCGGGAGAUAAGUGACCUAAUCAUCGAUCAAAUAGAUUUCAGAAUCAAGCGAUUCUGUGACGACAAAGAGAGAAAGUCAACUUUCCUGACACAAUCGCCUUGUUUUCACGCAAAGGUCUUCAGCACAUCUGAACACAAAUCUCAAUGUAAUAAUAAAUUUCUGUCGCGAGUGAACCAAAUCGAGACCUCCAAAGUAAACGUGGAUGAGAUUCACUCGACUCUGUGCUGCGGUUACAACAUAUGGGACAACUGCACCACAUCUAUGGUGACCGACCGGUGCGGCGCGAAGGGUCAGCAGGUGUUCAAGUCGUUCCUGAACGACAACUUCGGUCUCAUCACGAAUAUGAUGUGUCCGUUGGAUCUCUUCCAGACUGACUCCACGGUCUGCACGAAAGUCAAGGCUAAGACCGCCAAAGGGAAGGCCAAACUCGGAGACAACGCUAUCUCGAAAUACAUCUUAAGUCUCUUCUCCUUCCUAUUCGUGUCCGAAGAAUAG